CCCAGACAGGUCCAGGGGGUUAUUAGGGACCCAGGCACUGUGUUCACCCCCACUGCCAUGUGGGAACUUCGGUCUGCCUCCUUUUGGAGGGCCAUAUUUGCUGAGUUCUUUGCCACCCUCUUCUAUGUCUUCUUUGGGCUGGGAGCCUCGCUACGUUGGGUCCCCGGACCCUUACAUGUCUUGCAAGUGGCUUUGGCCUUUGGCCUGGCCCUGGCUACAUUGGUGCAGACUGUGGGUCACAUCAGUGGAGCCCACGUCAACCCUGCCGUCACUUUUGCCUUCCUUGUGGGCUCCCAGAUGUCCUUGCUCCGUGCUUUCUGCUAUAUAGCAGCCCAGCUUCUGGGGGCUGUGGCUGGAGCGGCCGUGCUAUAUAGCAUAACCCCACCGGCUGUUCGAGGAAACCUAGCACUCAACACGCUGCAUGCUGGGGUGAGCGUGGGCCAGGCCACCACCGUGGAGAUCUUCCUGACGCUCCAGUUCGUGCUCUGCAUCUUUGCUACUUAUGACGAGAGGCGGAAUGGCCGCAUGGGCUCCGUGGCCCUGGCUGUUGGCUUCUCCCUCACCCUGGGGCACCUCUUUGGGAUAUAUUACACUGGUGCGGGGAUGAAUCCGGCCCGCUCCUUUGCUCCUGCCAUCCUCACCAGGAACUUCAGCAACCACUGGGUGUACUGGGUGGGCCCAAUCAUCGGAGGGGGCCUGGGCAGUCUACUCUAUGACUUUCUCCUCUUCCCCCGGCUCAAGAGUGUUUCUGAGAGACUGUCUAUCCUCAAGGGAGCCAGACCCAGUGACUCCAAUGGACAGCCAGAGGGUACAGGGGAACCUGUCGAACUGAAGACUCAGGCCCUGUAAAAGCUCCAGUUGGAGAGAGAAGCAGAAAGCUGCUGGGUUUCAGGGAGAACCGAGCCAGCCCUUGGAUGAGGAAAGAGACUGUGGGGAGGGGCAUGUACUUCUUUAUUUUUUAACUUACGUUUUUCAUUUUUUCCUUUUGCUGUGUGAAAUCUUUCAAGUUGCAUUCACGA